CAGAGUAAUCCCGUGGAGUGGAAAGAGAGAAAGAUCCCCAGAGCAGCCCGGCCCGCACAUUAGGGCUUAAUUCUUCUCUCCACGUUGCCAGGGUGAGUGAGUAAGUGGGCGCACAUUCUGGAUGUCACGCAAAAACUAGUUCCUCUGAUUUACUAAAGCGGGCUGGUUGGCUGUUUUUUUUUGGGGGGGGGCUCAAUGCGCUCCAAACGCGCAACAUGAAGGAGGAGGAGGGCAGCGGAGCGCACUGAGAGAGACUCUUCGAGAGUUAGCGGUGUAUUAACGGCGUCAGAGUAUGAAGGGAUGUGAGCUGAACUUGAGGUAGAAUGGCACCUUAUCUCACAUGGAUCUCUGAGGGAUGGCAGCUUUUCACCACCACCACCACCACCAUCACCACCAUCUGAGCGCGGACCUGCGGCGGCUCUUCCACCGCCUCACCAUCGCCUCCUCUCUGAGCAUCCUUUGCUUCUCCUUGGUCUAUCUCCUCACCGGAUGCUGCGAGUCGGAGCUGACUGAAAACUCUGAGAUCAAGCCACCCACGCGCGAGUUCCUCGUGUCAGGGUCAGGAUGGCCGUACGAGAGAAACGGAACCAGCGUCGCCAAGGAGGUUACCCCCGCGGUUGGCGAAGGCGCGUUCAGCGGUCAUCCCGGGCUGGAGACGAACAGCUCGGGGAAAGAAUGGACAGCCACUCGGAGGUUACCCCAGGCUCUGAUCAUAGGGGUUAAAAAGGGAGGAACCAGGGCUCUGCUGGAGUUUCUGCGGCUCCACCCGGACAUCCGCGCCCUCGGGUCAGAGCCGCACUUCUUCGACCGGCAUUACGCACGGGGACUAGACUGGUACAGAAGUAUGAUGCCCAAAGCCCUGGACGGCCAGAUUGUUAUGGAGAAGACGCCUCGUUACUUUGUCACUGUGGAAACGCCGGCACGAGUCCAUUCUAUGUCGCAGGACGUGAAGCUGAUUGUGGUCGUCCGUGACCCCGCGACCAGAGCCAUAUCUGACUACACACAGAUCAUCUCCAAGACCCCCGACAUCCCUCCCUUUGAAAGCCUCGCCUUCAAGAACCGCACCACAGGUCAGAUCGACUCUCUGUGGAGCCCGCUGUGGAUCGGCCUGUAUGCCCAGCACCUGGAGCGCUGGCUGGCCUGGUUCCCCAGGACUCAGAUCCAUCUGGUCAGCGGGGAGAGGCUCAUCUCGGACCCGGCCGGAGAACUGGGCAAAGUCCAGGACUUUCUGGGUCUCCAGAGGAUCGUCACGGACAAGCAUUUCUACUUCAACAAAACGAAAGGCUUCCCCUGCCUGAAGAAACCGGAGGGCAGCAGUAAACCUCACUGCCUGGGGAAGACGAAAGGGAGGACGCAUGCCUCCAUCGACCCGGAGGUGAUGCAGAGAUUGAGGGAUUUCUACAAACCGCAUAACCAGCGCUUCUAUCAGAUGGCAGGGCAGGACUUCGGAUGGCAGUGACCCUUUGAAUGCGUGGAACCAGAGGCUUUUGUUAGCAUUACACUGCCUUGGGUAGAAGCCCGCGCAACUCUUCCAUCUGACUGAAACAGAUGCAAAGAUUCAGAGAACAGAACAUUAUCCGCUUCUGACCAGCAGAGGGACAUUUCAGAGACUUAAUAAUGAAAACCCGGUGUCAAUACAUUCACCCCUAUCAAUAGAUCAUCUUGUUCUAGUGUUUGAAAGACAGCAGCGUCAUUUUAUCUAUUAUCGAUGUUCAGUAAAAGAGGUGCUUUUGUGGUAUUAAACAAGGGUGUCCCCUCACACCUUUCUUGUUUGGUAGGCUAUUUAUUCCUACCCCAGGUGGUUAUAUAAAGCAUUUGUGUGCAAAGUUGGUCACUGUGGUUGCUAUAGGUUACGGCUGUAAAAAGUUGAAUGGUGAAAUACACAGUGUAGCUUUUAGUGUCUCUGGUCUGCAGUUUAAUCCUGAUGCUCUAGUUGGUAGGCUGUAAUGGCACAAUGAACCCAGAACAGAUGCAUUUUCACAUUCCUGAAUUUCCAUAACUUUCUUUUUCUACCUGUUUGUUCUUCAGUCUCACUGGUUAAGAAUUUAAGGGCAAUCCGUGCAUACAUAUUGAGUAUCGUCCUCCAAGCAUUGUUCCCGAAAAAGGGGGGAUGAAUCUUUUAUGGGGCGAGCAGCAGAGGGGUGAGCGAGAGAAUCUUUAUAUGAGCUCAGAUUUGACUGAGUGGUUUUGUAUUCUUGAAUAAUGAAUGUGGAUAAAUGGAUGUAGGGGAACUGGUGUGGAUCACUUGCCUCUUCGCCUAUUGGCACAUUUAUGUGCUAGUCUUAGGUUAGCAUCCGACUGCAAAACCACCCUACUGUACCUUGAGAGAAGUAAAGGGACCACUUGAGGACAACCAAAAGAAGACCAGGUUAAAUCAAUGAGAGAAGGUCGACCUAUCAAUGGCCAUUUCUCUGAACGUGAUGUAUGACGCUUUCAGGCUUUACUGUGUCACUGUGAGAAGGCCUGCUAACAGGGUUGUCUGUUUUCAGUUUGCAUGUAUUUGCACUAGUUUGAAAGCAUAAAAAAAAAUAAAACUAUUUUUAAGCA